CUCUCCCCUUAUUCCUUCUUCGCUUCUUCACCCAAACUUGCCUUCCAACUUCGCUGCAAUUUCUCUCCUCGCCGGAAUCUCACACUUUUCAGGCGAAUUUCUUUUUCCUGAAAAUUUAAGACUGGGUUUUUUUCUGGCGAUUUUUCGCUAUCUGUAGGGCUCAGCAAUGAGGUAUUUCGCCCUUGUUUUGUAAUUCCUGAGCAUUGGUUUCUUGUAUUAUCUUUGAAUUCUCUCUUUUAACUGUUCCUUGAAAAUCUGAAACUUUGUCUUCACGAUCCUUGGAUAUAGUUAUUCUGUGGUAGAUUUUGUUCAGAUUGGGUUCUUGUACUGUAAAUUUUUGGACUGGGUUCAUGCUUUUGAAGAAAAUAAGGAUAUAAUUCUUGGUAGAAAGAACCCUUGUAGAUCGAGGUUUUUCGCCGGAAAAAGUUAGUUAAAACUAGAAAAAAAAAUGGAACUCGAAUAGGUGGGGUUUUACUGUGUGGAUGCGAAGUUGCUAGUUUUGGAUUUUGUUUUCAUUUGGUGAAGUUGUGUUUUGGAGAUACAGGAAGGAGUUGAAUGUUUUCGUUAAUGAUUUUUUAGUUCCUUUACUUGGUUUUGGUUUGCAAGAUAGUGAAGAUCUGUCCUGUAAUUGUACAUGUUGGAGGUCGAAAUAUCAUUUUCAGUGUGGGUGUGAACUUGUGAUUAUGGGGGAAAAAUUCUCAGGGAGCAGUGAGGAGAUGAGAUAAAGAGACAAGGAUUGCGAAAAGAAAGAACUUGGAGUUAUAUAAGUGAACAGAGGGAAGUUAUAAUCUUCAUAUUCUUAUCUUGAAGGAAAACCAGAUAACAGCAAUUCAGUCAAGGCUGAACUUCUAAUAGUUUUAGAUUUCAGAUUUACCGAUUUUGUGGUUAUGGAGGUUUAGUGAGCAGCAACUAUUAAAAGGGAAAGAAUUUUACUGUUAGGACAUAGUUUUGGUGUAUUCGGCAUCAAAAAGGAUAGAUAGAGGGUGUCUUGAAGUAAGUUUAUACUUCUGAAAAAUUAGGGAGGAGCAAAGAAGUAACACGUUUUUCUCCGAUCAAUAGAGUUCUGAAAGUUUUCACAGAAUUUAUGCAAAAUCUGACCUAAAGACUUCGGUGGAUAUGUCAGUCCAGGCUAAAAGCAUAGGCGCAAGUGCAACUUCAGCCUCAAGUAGCAUUCCUAGCUACCAUGUAUAUUCUGAAAUCAGUUGGGCAUGCACAGUGAAGGUUCCGAUUGGGGAGAUGCAUCUUUCAGGGGAUGAGCAGGCAGCCAAGGUCAGGAAGCCUUACACAAUCACAAAACAGAGAGAGCGAUGGACAGAGGAAGAACACAAGAAGUUCUUGGAAGCCCUAAAAUUGUAUGGGCGAGCCUGGCGUCGCAUCGAAGAGCAUGUUGGGACCAAGACUGCUGUUCAAAUCCGAAGCCAUGCUCAAAAGUUCUUCUCUAAGGUAGCUCGAGAUUCGAACAACGGUGGUUGUUCAAAGGCUAUUGAGAUUCCUCCGCCAAGGCCUAAGAGGAAGCCUCUCCAUCCAUAUCCGAGAAAAUCAGCUAACCGUUCUAAGUUGGAUGUCAUAAUACCAGAUAAAGAUGGAUCCAUUUUGCCAAAUUUAUCUGGGGUUGGUUCGAGCCUAAUGAUACCUUCACUAUCUGAGCAAGGUAACAGGUCUCCGUCACCAAAUUCAUCAGGGACUGGUUCAAGCCUUUUGAUAUCUUCCCUGUGUGAGCAAGGAGAGGGAUCUCCUACGUCAGUUUUAUCAGCUGCGCGUUUGGAAAUGGCAUCGUUGGAUUCCAACCUGGAGGAAAGGUCUCCAUCUCCUGCUUCCUCUGCUUCUGAUUCAAAUCCUGUGGCUUUCAGAGAGUUGGAGUAUGAAAAUGGUGGCCCUAUUGAUUCGGAACCUAGUGGAUUGGAGCAUGACAGCGCAUCUGAUGCACCGCGUUUACUGGCUUCUGGGUUGAGUCAUCAAGAGAAGCCUGCCAUGAAAUCUGAAUCGAGCCUCUCUAAUGCAAGGAAUAACCCUGACCAAGGAGUGCUCAAUUCCGAAUGCAACAAGAAUGAAUCACCAGCUGAAACAUCAACACUGAGCCUCAAGCUAUUUGGUAGGACUGUUUUUGUUACUGGUUCUCAUAGACCAUCUCACAAAACCGAAGAGAACGAUUCUUCCCAGAAAAUUCCCUUCACGGCAGCCGAAAUUCCUUCUGAGAACCAAAUCCAUACUCCAUCAGAGGGAGCUUCACCAAGUGAUGUCUCAGACCCUUCGUUUAAUGCCUCUUGGAAGGGUGGCCUUAAUACUGAAAUGCCCAAUGUGAUCUAUUCUAAUGCAAUGCCCUAUUGGGCACUGUAUAAAGCUUCUCCUUUGCCUUUUAUAAAUAUGGCCUCUGAAUUCAAGGUUCAGGCUAAAACUGUAAAUUGUACAGCUUCUGAUACCUGUAUAGAAGGUUUGGAUGAUAAACAAAGGGCUCAAAAGGAAGGGUCAUGGACUGGUUCGAAUACGGGCUCGGCUAAUGAGAUGUGUGGUGGAGAUAAGAAUGGUGAUGUUGUGAACUCUUCUGAAAAACAUGGGUUGUUUUUUUAUGGGGAGCUUCAUUCUAAAGAGAGAGUGGAAUCGGGUUCUGGAAUUUGCUUAAAGGGUGGUAGUAACGAGUGUUUGAACACUAGUCAAGUGAGUUUUAGGAGUUGUGGAAAGGGGUUUGUGCCUUAUAGGAGGCAGUCAUGGAGUGAGGAUGAUAUGAGAGAAGGGAAGAGAAUUAGGCUUUGCUUGUGAUGUUGGGGUGGAAGAGAAACAGAAGGAAAAGGAAAAGAGAGAAUGGAGAGAGAAGAUUUAGGGAUGGAGUUUUCUGAUGAUAAUUUUAAGUUCAGUUUUUGAGCCUCUCUUCUCAGCUUAUAUCUCAGAGGGUGCUUUCCUCUGAUCCAAAGGUAUAAAAUAGUCCUUUUUCUUCCCUCUUCUUUAUUUUGUAAUUCUUUCUGUUCAGAUUUUUCCCGUCUGUAUGCCUUUGUAAAACCUUGGAUCUCUUUUCCUCUGUAAGCUUUUUGUAACCAUGGAACUUCUCUUAUAAAUUGUUUUUGCGAAGGCAUGUUUCAUGCUUUCGUUGUCCAAAUAUAGAAGGCUGAACAGCCUUUAUCUCA